AUGAGGCGCAGAAAGUCUCGACACCUUCCUCAUAAUGGACUUGGGUUGGCAUGUCUCUUGCUGCUGGGUUCGUACAAGGUCACACUUGCCAGUCCUGUAUCAAGCAGGCCAUCCUGCAUGCAGUCUACCCUCGGUCUACCCACACCUGUGGCCUCCGGACUCGCGAUCGUGGGCUAUCGUGACGGCGACGUCGGCAGGCCACUCCAGGUUCCAUACGGCAAGGUUGCAGUGACCGACGGAGACAGGAUGCUGUGGGGGUAUUGUAGGGAGGAACGUAUUGGCGAUGAUGCCUGUAGGCUUGCAGGUGCCACGAGUUCAUACUCGAGCAUCUGCACGACGGCGAUAUGGACACGCCGAGACGGGGCCGCUUUCACGAGCCUGGGGUGCGGGCCGACCGCCACCACGGCUCACAUCCUGGAGAGGCCAAUCCACAGAGUCUUUAUAGGUCAGGGGACUUUUACGGCUGUCCUGGUUGAGACGGGCUAUGAGGCUGCCCAAGCUACGGAAACGGGGGCUCCUGCAAGUGGUGCUGAGAGUUACGAUGCUAUUGAGACAACAUCAACGAUAGAGAUCGUGAAGACAAUCCAGACUGAUUACCCGACGCCUCAACCACCACCACCACCACAAACUCCCCCGGCUCCUCCUCUUGCGUCUCCGGCCAUAACAGCGUCCCCCACAGGGUCGGAUCAAAUAUCAACCCACCCUUCACCAUCAUCAUCGAGACCAGCACCAUCUGCGACAGAAACGCCUGCUACAACUACCACUUCAGCUGCAGCCGAAAGCACCCACGGAGGCGGCCUUGCUCUUGGGCAGAUCGCCGGCAUCGUCGUCGGCAGCACAGCCGGUGCCGCCCUACUAGCGCUUGGCGCCCUUUACGUCGCCUGGUGCCAUCUGGCAUCUCGCUUCGGUAUGGCCAUGGCAUCCAUUUGCAUGACGCUCCGUCAAGCUCGUCCUGCUCCAGCCGCUGCUGCCUCUGCCCAUCCUGCGGGGCCGUGA